GCUCUGGUGGAAAGACUCAUCCGAAAGCAAACGAGCCUGAGUCAGCGCUGCCCUAGGGUCCCUCCGCCCCUGGGGGACGGGGGUGGUGUCACAGAUGGGCCCCGGAGUAGAGUAGGGCAGAAGAAACUGGGCCAAGCUGCACUUUUACCUCGAGGGGCCUCGAGGGCUCUCCGUGUCUCUGGAAACAAGGGCACUACAAGCACUUCAGGAUGAAGAGUUGUAAGACGCAGAUCCGGCGCGGGCGGGAGGGAAGGGGUUAGGAGUAGGGGCCGCCUGGGCUACCUUCAGCCCUCAUCAGACGGACGGCGAACUGCGAAGGACUACCUUUCCCCAGUCUGUUCUCCCAGCGCCUCCCUGGGGAAAGAGAACUAAACUCCGUGUUCCUUUGCGGAGCCGGACGCCUGAAUUGGGAAGUAGGGCGAAUCAAGGCCGGGAAAUGGGACCCUUGGGUCGCUGCUGCCGCAGGGACUGAAGAGGCAGUCUCUCAAUUCCCAGGACAUGUUUGCUGCUUCUGCCUCUCCCCGCCGGUCUAAGUGGAUCGCUCCACCUAUUUCCUCCCCCGCUCUUUCGGCGCAAUGGAUUGUUCCAUUGCCCCUCCAGUCUCGGGCCUGCGUUGCGGGGGACACUGGCACGGUUGGCGGGAGCAUGCUGGGGCUCCCGGGGCUGCGGCUCCCCCCGGCGGGGUUCCUGCUCCUGUUGCCGUUCCUGCUGCUGCUGCUGCUGCCCGCAACCCCCGCGCCCCAUCGGGCUUCCUACAAGCCGGUCAUCGUGGUGCAUGGGCUCUUUGACAGCUCGUACAGCUUCCGCCACCUGCUGGAAUACAUCAACGAGACACACCCUGGGACUGUGGUGACAGUGCUCGAUCUCUUCGAUGGGAGAGAGAGUUUGCGGCCCCUGUGGGAACAGGUGCAAGGGUUCCGAGAGGCUGUGGCCCCCAUCAUGGCAAAGGCCCCUCAAGGGGUGCAUCUCAUCUGCUACUCGCAGGGGGGCCUGGUAUGCCGGGCACUGCUGUCUGUGAUGGAUGACCACAAUGUGGAUUCUUUCAUCUCUCUCUCCUCUCCACAGAUGGGACAGUAUGGAGACACGGACUAUUUGAAGUGGCUGUUCCCCACCUCCAUGAGGUCCAACCUCUACCGCAUCUGCUAUAGCCCCUGGGGCCAGGAAUUCUCCAUCUGUAACUACUGGCAUGACCCCCACCAUGAUGACUUGUACCUCAAUGCCAGCAGCUUCCUGGCCCUGAUCAAUGGGGAAAGAGACCAUCCCAAUGCCACUGCUUGGCGGAAGAACUUUCUUCGUGUGGGCCGCCUGGUGCUGAUUGGGGGCCCUGAUGAUGGUGUCAUUACCCCCUGGCAGUCCAGCUUCUUUGGUUUCUAUGAUGCAAAUGAGACGGUCUUGGAGAUGGAGGAGCAACUGGUUUAUCUGCGGGAUUCUUUUGGGUUGAAGACUCUCCUGGCUCGGGGGGCCAUAGUGAGGUGUCCAAUGGCUGGGAUCUCCCACACGGCCUGGCACUCCAACCGUACCCUUUAUGAGACCUGCAUUGAACCUUGGCUCUCCUGAGGGAUCCCUCAGGAACUCCCCAGCCCAGAGACCAAGUGGUAGCCUUGGAUGUCAGGCCCUGGUGUGCCCGUGACCACCUCAUCGCUCUCCCACCAACCAGGGCUCCCAGGGCCCCUUCCUCCGCUCUUCUGUGAAAGGAAAAUCCUGGUUUCCGCCAUCUCGUGUCCUCUCGUUUGGGGCUCGCUGCAAGCUCCCCCACCCUCUUAAGGCCAAGCUCGGGAAGUGAGAAGCCAGGUGUACUCGUGGCUGCUCCUCGACUCUGGCCAGAGGCGCAGAAUCCAGCUCCUGCCCACCACAGGGGUCUCCUUCCAGGCCACUCAGGACAUUUUUAGCUUCUGUUUUCCCCAUGUUCCCUGUUUGUCUGAACUCCCCUGUUGUGAGCCCUCCCAACCCCCAGGAAGGACCACCCAUGAGAGUGGGGUUCUGAGGCUCCCCUAUGGGGACAUUUCCAUUCUUGAAGUGUCAGUGUUGGGGAAUAUCUGUGGCCCGUGAGGCCCAUCUCAGGUUUGGGGAUCCCCCAGUCCCUAUGUUCAGUAUUGGGGUGCCCUUGGGGAGCCCAGUUUCUUUGAGGCUCCAGCCCCUCUUUUAGCUACCCUUGAAUGGGUGUUACCCCUGUAUUUAUGGAAAUAAAGUUCCAUUUACUCAG